AUGUCUUCCAUGUCUGCAGAUGGUGAAGAGAACAAAUUUGACUUGACAUAUGCGAUCUGUUAUAAACACCGCGAGCCACGGUUUUUCGUUCUCAGAACUCAAAUUCGAAAGGGCUCAGGAGCCUCGUUCGGAAAAGACAAUGAUUCGCGAGUCUUUCAAGGACUCACGUUGGUUACGCCUCUAGACGCAUUUUUCGUCACAAUCAAGGACCCACGCAUGAUGUACCAGGCUGACCUGAGCAGGCUCGCUUCCCACGUCCACGAUUUUCCCUCUCACCAGGCUGACCUGAGCAGACUUGCUUCACUUGACGCCGGACUUCCCACGAAGGUCCACGAUUUUCCCUCUCACCAGGCCGACCUGAGCAGACUUGCUUCACUUGACGCCGGACUUCCCACGAAGGUCCACGAUUUUCCCUCUCACCAGGCCGACCUGAGCAGACUUGCUUCACUUGACGCCGGACUUCUCAGGAAGGUCCACGAUUUUCCCCCUCACCAGGCCGACCUGAGCAGACUCGCUUCCCACACCACAGCGUUAGUCGACUCGGUUGACGUCCGUGCCGUCAGAUCACGGGACGGGAGGAAUCAUGUUUACAUUAUUGGCUUAGUUAUCGCAUAA